AUGAGACUGAACAGCCAAAGGCUCCUAGUGGCGGCCCGGAACUACUCCAAAAACAAAAGCGAAACGGACUUUUUGGCCGAUGCCCUAGGCCUUUUGUCUCCGAAGAAAAGCAACAGAAACGUCCCCUCUUACAAGCCACUGAUACUCAGAAAUUUACAACGGGGUUCUGUCACAGAGCAUUACAGCGAGAUUGAAAAAGAGUUGUUGCCCCAAUACAACACGCAUGCCGUGGACCACUCGAACCAGUUGCAUAACUUAAUUCUGGAUCUUCAUGUGGCCAACGAAUUGCCGAGCAAACGGCCACUGCAGAAAAAUUUGAUGAACCAUGUGCGGUCUUUACAGAACGAAGAUGAGCUUGUGGACUUGGCCAAACUUUCUUUUUACCAGAACCGCUUGACGCUUCCGCUCAUGACCAGGUUUAUUUUGAAUAAGCACCUUCAGCAGCUCUCGCGGCUCCCAUUCGAUGUCAACAAUCUAGACCAAAGCGCAUUUGAGAAGAACGGCUGGACCGAGUUGAACUUUUCCGAGUUCAAAAUUUUGCUUUUGAAAAAGUAUCAUGACUUGAACCAACCGCUUCUGAUAGUGCGACUCUUGAGAGACGAGUUUGACCACAAGUUUUUGCCCCUCAUUCGCCAGCAGAAGCUAUCGCCGUUCUACGAAAGAAUCGUGUGGAAAUUCUAUUUCGAUUACAUUCAAAUGGGCCUGGAGGAAUCCACCAUCAAAUCACUAGAUAAUGUCCGCACCUCAUUUUUAAUCUGGGAAGCUUCCACUGCCAACUGUUGCGAAAUCGCAGGCUCGAUUUUGCACCAACAUGAGCUUAAUAAGCUCCAGCGACUUUUCUUUGAGCUUUGUUCUUGCAAUGCAGUCGAAUCCAUCGUUUCCACUCAGUUGGAAGCAGGCACGUCACCCUUCCUCUCUGCGCUCAAGAAAAUCUCUGUCAAGUUCAAGCUCUACAAUGUUGACGACUCUCUCUCUGAGAACGUUACCAAGAGAGCUCUAACAUACUCGUUUAUUCACUCUGUUGAGGAUGUAAUCUCGACGUACUUGCCCGAGUGGCGUGAUGACGCUGCAUUGGCUCGAAUCAUGUCUGAACUACGGUCGUAUCGGUCUCAGAUGGUCAGAGAAGGCGUGUCUGAACAUAUAGGUUCGGAAGUCUAUGCCAAUUAG